AUGGAACUUCAGUACUUUGGUAAUGUUGUCGACAUGGAACAGCAGUUCUUUGGUAAUGUUGUCGCCAUGGAACAGCUGUACUUUGGUAAUGCUGUCGUCAUGGAACAGCAGUACUUUGGUAAUGCUGUCGUCAUGGAACAGCAGUACUUUGGUAAUGCUGUCGUCAUGGAACAGCUUUACUUUGGUAAUGCUGUCGUCAUGGAACAGCAGUACUUUGGUUAUGCUGUCGUCAUGGAACAGCAGUACUUUGGUAAUGCUGUCGUCAUGGAACAGCUGUACUUUAGUAAUGCUGUCGUCAUGAAACAGCAGUACUUUAGUAAUGCUGUCGUCAUGGAACAGCUGUACUUUGGUAAUGCUGUCGUCAUGAAACAGCAGAAUUGUUGUUAUGUUGUCGUCAUGGAACAACAGAAUUGUUCUAAUGUUGUCGUCAAAGAACAACAUUAUUUGGGAAUGGAACAGCAGUACUCAGAGUAA